AUGGUGCCACGCAUCAACUCCGACACUGAGGAAGCACCUGCACCACGUCCUAAACGGGUUGCUGUGCCAUCAGCAAAGGUGAUUAGUGCGGACAAUGCAGCUGAUCAAGAGCUUCUUUCCCACAGAAUAGCUCAUAUCGCAAACCGCGCUGCUGUUAUCUUGGACCCUACUGACUUAGAUGGGGCCAACAACGACAAAAUCCAGCUGGACGAAAACAGGUUGCACAAAGUCCUGAUGCCGAGGAUGUCGACCUUGCACAGCCUCCUGCUUCUGACGAGGACGACUUGGAAGAAGGAGACCCCCCGGUGUCAGUGA